AUGGCGGAGGACGAAACGCUGACCAACAUGACGCCGAUGGACAAGGCGCUCCUCGAAACGAUCAUUGCGCGGGCGCCCGAGAUCGCGGCCGCACGCGACCCGAAGCGCGCCUUGCGCGAGCUGCUCGCGCCGGUCCAGGCCGAGCUCGAGUUCAUGCACGAGCAAGUCGUGUCGUCCAAGCUCGAACUCACGCGCUUCAAGUCGCAGUCGCACUGGGCGAUCGCAGCCACGAAAAUCCAAGCGCACAUCCGCGGCCGCAUCGAGCGCGGCAGCAUCGUGCGCUCCAACCGGUUCCAGGCCCAGGGUACCAAGGUCCUCGGCAAGUACAUUCUCAAGAGCGACCGCAUGCCCGACCAGAUCACGCUGGUCUCGGCCCACAAGGACAUUGCGCCCAAUUUUCGCCGGCUGCCUGGGCUGCCCAUCUACGGCGGUGCCCAGCCAUCGCUCGCUGGUAUCCACCACAUCCUUGAAACCAUUGCGACCGAUGGCUACAAGCACGUGAUCUGGGUCAACCUGCGUGAGGAAGCGGUGCUCUUUGUCGGCGGCGAGUCGUACACAGCGCGGCGCAACGUCAACUCGAACGAGCAGGACCUCGCGGGGUCGCUCACAGGCCAUACGGUCCAAGUGCUUGAGAAAUCUCUCAAGCGCAGUCUCCAAGAGCAGCUCGAGAAGGAGCCCAACGGCGCCUUUGAAUAUUGGACGGAGCCGUCGACGCUGCAGUACGAGAUGGUGUCGCGCAUCGGGACGCUCCCGACAGACGUCGCGACACUGGCCAACGUGUUUGACGGCAACUUGGACAAGCCAGCGGGCAUCGAGACCAUCAAGUACCUCCGUGUGCCCAUCUCGCGCGACAACGCUCCUGAGAACGAGCAUUUCGAACUCCUCACGGGGCUGCUCGACCACCGCAGCGCCGAUACGGCACUCGUCUUCAACUGCCAACUCGGUCGGUGGCGGACGACCACAGCCAUGGUCGUGGCUGCGCUGGCCCUCAACAAGCACUGCCCCGAUGACGUCAUUGCUGCGUCCGAGCAUCAUGGCGACGUGCCGCCCGAAGAAGAGUACAAGGUCAUCCAUGAACUCGUCAAGCGUAUUCCCCAUGCGACGACGGCCAAGCCCUUUGCCGAUGCGGUCAUUGACAACUGUGCGUUCAUCUACAACAUUCGGUCGGCCAUCACCGACUGCAACCAAAAAUCCCUCGCGGACCCCAAGCCCGUGCGCCGCGCCUUCUACCUCAAACAAGCUUGCGCGUUUCUCGAGCGCUACUUCCUCCUCAUCGCAUAUGCGUCGUUUGUGCUCGACCAAGAGGCCACGACCAAGUCGUUCACGUCGUGGAUGCACCACCACUCGAACCUCUUCCGCCUCCUCGACGACAUGGGUGGCGCCAAGUACGACUACGACUCGGUCAUGAAGAACGCGGUCGUCAAGUACGACCACUUUCCGGGCAUCGUGCGCUUGCCGCCGAGCCUCGGCACGGCUGUCAUCAACUACCGCCGCGUCGGCACGUCCUGUGUCUUUGGCACGGCCCAGUGCUUUGAAGCGGGCUUGCAGCAAGUCGCAGCGCACUUGCACGAGACGCUCGGCUUCAAGCAGAUCAUCUGGAUGAACAUGCGCGAAGAGGUCGUCCUGUACGUCGCGGGCAAGCCGUAUGCGAUUCGGUAUCCGCCGAAGUUUGGCGAAAACGUCGAGCUUCCGGGCAUUGAAGCGACCGAGCUCGCGGCCAUCGAAGCCAAGUUCCGCGACAACACGAUCGCCGAGGCGUCGCAAAAGAACGGCCUCUUCCUCUACUGGGCCCAAGAAGUGGGCAUUCCCGACGAAGAGCAGAUGGUCUACAUCCGCCCCCAAACCGACGUCAAGACGCUCGCGGACGUGUACACCAAGAUUGCCAAGACGCUGCCCGUGCGCUACGCCCGCAUUCCCGUGUCGGACGAGACCGCGCCGGAAGAAAAGGACUUGGACGACAUCGUGCGCCUUGUCGUACCGACGUUUGCAGCCGAAGCCGCCGCCGGCGUCGACGAGACGGCCGUCGUGUGCAACUGCCAAAUGGGCCGCGGCCGCACGACGUCGGCGAUGGUCUGCGUCUAUAUGCUCAAGGUUGCACUCAACAAUCAAAAGUCCGUGUACAUGGCGGCCGCCGCCGACAAGUCGUACCAAAGCUACGCCAAGAGCGGCGACUACUUUGUGAUCCAGUCGCUUCUUGAUGUACUCGAGAACGGCGCCGAGAGCAAAGCGCUGGCCGACUAUGCGAUUGACCAGUGCGAACACCUCCAGAACCUUCGCGAGUGCAUUGCGCAGUGCCGCGACUUGACAAAGGAGCGUGGUAUCACAGCCGAGAAGCAGAGCUUCUACAUGCACCGUGCUGUCAACUACUUGGAGCGGUACAUUUACCUCAUCUGCUUUGCCGCCUACAUCCUCGAGCAAGUGCAAACGAUGGACCGCAACGGCAAGUUCACCUCGCUCUUUGUCACGUGGAUGGUCGAGCGGUAUGGCCCGACGCUGUACGGCCUCUUGGACAACGUCUGCUUCAACGAAGGCGACGACGAAGACGGUGAGAGCGACGCGCAUCUCUCGUCCAUGCGCUGGCGCUGGCGCCGGAAGCGCAAGAUGGUCACGCGCCUCGAGUAG